UUUGCUCUUCACAGCAGACUACCAAGCAAAACCAUGACUUCCGUCCCUGAGGACUACAUUGACCAGGACUCCUUUUUCGGAGGAGAGCCGCCCCUCAGCGAGGCCGUGGGAUACGUCGUCGUGCUCAUCUUCGGGAUCUUCUUCUCCUUCUUCACGACCUUCCUCGUGUGGCUUGACCAGAAAUUCAAUGGCGUCAGCAUCACGUCUGAGCAGUUCAACACCGCCGGUCGUAGUAUCAAGACCGGCCUCACGGCCUCCGUGAUCGUGUCCCAGUGGACCUGGGCCGCCACCCUCCUCCAGUCGUCCAACGUGGCCUUCAACUACGGCGUCUCCGGGCCGUUCUGGUACGCCUCUGGCGCCACCGUCCAGGUGCUGCUGUUUGGCAUCCUCGCCAUCGAGGUUAAGCGCAAAGCGCCCACCUGCCACACCUUCCUCGAGAUCAUCCAGGCCCGGUGGGGCGACACCGCGCACAAGGUGUUCCUGUUCUUCGCGCUCCUGACCAACAUCAUCGUGACCUCCAUGCUGCUGCUCGGCGGCGCCGCCACCGUGAACGCGCUCACGGGGCUCGACCUCAACCUGGCCUCCUUCCUCAUCCCGUGGGGCGUGAUCGCCUACACCAUGGCCGGCGGGCUCAAGGCCACCUUCCUCGCCUCCUACACCCACACCACCGUCCUCUUUGUGGCCCUCCUCAUCUUCGUGUUCGUCAUCUACACCGGAGACGACCAAUACGUCGGCAGCCCCGGCGCCAUGUUCGACAAGCUGCAGGCCCUCGUCAAGCUGGACGACUGCACCUACGGGCCGGCGUCGGACCCGAUGAAGUACGAGCUGUACGCGUGCGGCCCCGUCGACGGCAACCAGGAAGGUUCGUACCUCACCAUGCUCUCCCGCGAGGGCUUCAUCUUCGGCAUCAUCAACAUCGUCGGCAACUUCGGGACCGUGUUCGUCGACCAAUCGUACUGGCAAUCCGCCAUCGCCGCCAAGCCCCAGUCUUCCCACAAGGGCUACCUCCUCGGCGGCAUGUGCUGGUUCACCAUCCCCUUUGCGCUGGCCACCUCCCUGGGCCUGGCGGCGCUCGCCAUGCAGCUCCCGCUCACCGGCGACGAGGCCGGCUCGGGCCUCGUGCCCCCGGCCACCGCCCUGUUCGUGCUCGGCAAGGGCGGCGCGACCCUCAUCCUCAUCAUGCUCUUCAUGGCGGUGACCUCUACCGGCUCCGCCGAGCUGAUCGCGGUUUCCUCGCUCAUCUCGUACGACGUGUACCGCGCGUACAUCAAGAAGGACGCCACGGGCGACGAGAUCCUCAAGGUGUCCCGCAUCACUGUGUUCGUGUUCGGCGCCCUCAUGGGCGUGCUCUCCAUCGUGCUCAACGAGAUGGGCCUCAACCUCGGCUGGGUGUACUUGUUCAUGGGCGUUGUCAUCGGCUCCGCCGUUGUGCCCGUCUCCAUGGUGCUCACCUGGAAGAAGGCCACCGCUAAGGGCGCCAUCGCCGGAGCCAUCCUCGGCCAGAUCUGCGCCAUCAUCGGCUGGCUCGUGUCGGCCCAGGCACUGGAGGGCGAGAUCACGAUCGACAGCACGGGGCAGAACUACCCCAUGCUCACCGGUAACCUGAUCGCGAUCUGCUUCAGCGGCAUCGUGUGCAUCGCCGUCUCCCUCGCCGACCCGGACGACUACGACUGGGAGUCGACCCGGAACAUCGCCAUGGUGGAGACCUACGACAACGCGUGGCACACGGAGGCGGACUACAACGACGUGGAUCUCUCCAAGGCCAAGAACUGGAUCAUAAAGGUCGGCCUCUCGUUCACCGUCGUGAUCGUGAUCCUCUGGCCCGUCCUCUCUCUGCCCGCUGGAGUCUUCUCGGAGGGAUACUUCGACUUCUGGGUGGCGCUCUCCAUCCUCUGGGGCCUCGUCGCCACCAUGUUCGUCGUGUUCCUCCCUCUCUACGAGUCCAAGGACGCGAUCGUCAGCGUCUUCAAGGGCAUGUGCGGCCAGGCCCCCGCCGGCAAGACCGUGCAGCAGUCCUCCCAGCAGGCCCCUUCUGCUUAAGCGUCAAGUCGUCCGUUUCGAGUCGGCGCCGCCAGCAUUGUCUUGGUUCUCCCCCAAGACUGUUUUGUUGCUGGACAGGGGCUGCAAAGCACGCGCACCUUUUAAAAUAAUUUCCAACGUGUGAUGACGGGGGCCAUUGGAGAGGACAGAACGGGGUGCACGAGUCUACGAAAGACUUGGAACGGCAUGACCUUUCUGGCCUGGGUAUUUAUGUCCCUUUUCUUUUGUGUUUUUUAGAUGGUUGCCCCGUUCGGAUCCCCCCCCCCGCACCCCGUCCCCCGCUCACUUCGCAGGGGCUAGCGCGCCUCCCUGGUGCUGCACCUGUGUGCAACUUUUACUUUUUACGAUCCGUAGCGUUGUUGGCGGCUGGCUGGCACUGCUCUUCCAGCGUCAAGUCGUCUUAAACGUCAAAGUAUUGGGGAACAAGAGAAGUAGAACCGUGGCGUUGUCGGCGUUCUAUUUGUCUUUUCCCUCCCCCUCCCAUGUUAUUUGAACAUGCCCGUAGGUCGGCCAUAUCGUUGCUGUGAUUAGCCAAGAACUCGCGCGCGCGCUAGUUCUACGUUCGAUUAUUGCUCCUACGGGGUGGAGGGCCGCAGUUUGUUUUUGGAUGUAAGUUGAGUCACACUCGACAGGCACAAUUUUCGAGGUUGUGUGUCUGUUUUUUGCAUCGGAUAUUCCUCUUUUCGGUAUAAAGUAGACGGGUGCGUCUCUCACGCUCCCGGUCUUAUCUCGUGGGGAAAGAAAGGCGGUUGCGUCGAGAUUUGUUGGGUCUUUUUGCGGUGCGAGUUGUGUAUGUGUAUGUGAUACUCUGCUAUUGAGAUUGGGAAGCGGCCUUGACCGCGUGUGUUGCUACGUGGUAGUGACCUUGGUCGGAUCAGUUGAGGCAGCUAUGGGGUCGAAAGAUGGUUUGCCUCUUUCGGCCGUUGGUUAGCACGAGUGUCGUCGUACGUGUUGCAUCGGUGACGUUACGCCCCCGUCAGUGUAUUUUAGAAGAGAGGAAUACUUGGUACAUUGUAAGUAGGAAAUUCUCCGCCUUUUACCUACUCUUUCCGGUAUUUGAGGGUUUGGAAUGGGAGUGGAAGGCUUGCUCUAGAGAUCACAGGAGGUUUAAGGAAUAUCACGGGACCGAAAAAUAAUAUCACAUGAUUGGACCCGAGGGGUAGUCGUUCGACAGCGUUUGUACGUCGUCAGCGACACCUUGCGAGAAGGAUUCAUGGUUGACGCCCGCCGGUAGCGCUGUCCCAUCAUUUUCCACGUCUCCUCAUUCAUCGAAAGUCAAAAGGUUCUCGAC